CGCACACAACCCCCAGAAAAAAACUGAAACGCCAACAUCAUCUCUCUUUCAGAUUCACUUCCCCAGAUCACUCCAACCACUAAAUCCAAACAACACAGAAGUAGAAGAAGAAGAAGAAGAAGAAGAAGAAGAAGAAGAAGAAGAAGACCUCUCUCUCUCUCUCUCUCUCACAUCCAUUCCCUUCUCUUUCUCUCUCUUCCUCUUCCUCCUCCUUCUCCUUCUCCUUCUUCCAACAUGCAGCCCUGCAGCAGAGAGAUGCAGACCCUCAGCUCCCUGCUGAACCCUCAGCAGGUCUCCCUCCACGACCUCCAGGGCAGCAACGGCAGCCACCCCCACCACGGCCAGAUCCAGGCCGGCGGCGGCGGCGGCGGCGCCGGCCACCACCACUUCGACCCCUCCUCCUCCUCCGGCGACGACUUCCUCGACCACAUGUUCUCCGGGAUCCCCUCCUGGGCCGACCACCUCGGCACCGGCGGUGACCCCGCCGCGGCCCACCACCUCCCCAUGGGCCAGAACGGCGACGUCACCGUCGACCUGUCGGAGGACGUCGGCUUCCACGGCCUGGACGAGGCCACGGUCCUGGCCGCGAAGCUGAGGCAGCACCAGAUCGGCGGCGGCGGCGGCGGCGGAGGCGGCGGAGGGGGCGCUCAGGCCGCGGCCGCGGCCGCCAAGGCGAUGAUGCUGCAGCAGAUGUUGAUGGCCGGAGGCGACGGGUCGCCGUCGUCUUCCCAUUUCAAGUCUGCGAAUCUGGGAGGCGACAGCUCAGUUCAAGCUCUGUUCAAUGGCUUCGCCGGAUCUCUGCAUGGCAAUGGCCAAACUUCGAACCAUUCACAGCAUUUUUCUCUACCUCAGGGGGGAUCAAUGCAAGCGUCACCGAAUUUCAGCGCUCAGGCGGCGGCGGCGGCGGCGAGCGGGUCGGGCGGCACCGCGGGCACUGCGGCCGCGCCGGGCCAGCCGAGGCAGAGAGUGAGGGCGAGGAGAGGCCAAGCCACCGAUCCUCACAGUAUUGCUGAAAGACUGAGGAGAGAGAGGAUAGCGGAGAGAAUGAAGGCGCUGCAGGAGCUGGUUCCCAAUGCCAACAAGACGGACAAGGCAUCAAUGCUGGAUGAGAUUAUCGACUAUGUGAAAUUCCUGCAGCUUCAAGUCAAGGUGCUGAGUAUGAGCAGGCUGGGCGGUGCGGCUGCCGUUGCCCCUCUCGUUGCCGAUAUGUCCUCUGAGGGAGGCGGUGGCGGCGACGGUUCUCAGGCGAACGGCAGCGGGCGGAGCAGCUCCAACGGCGGCGCCUCCGGGGACAGCCUGACGGUUUCGGAGCACCAGGUGGCGAAGCUCAUGGAGGAGGACAUGGGGUCGGCGAUGCAGUACCUGCAGGGGAAGGGCCUCUGCCUCAUGCCCAUCUCCCUCGCCACCGCCAUCUCCACCGCCACCUGCCAGUCCCGCAUCCCCCUCCCUCCCCCUCCGCCCACCACCACCACCACCACCACCAGGGCCCCGGCGACGGCCCCACCUCCCCGAGCGUGUCCGCCCUGACCGUCCAGUCCGCCGCGCUGGCCGGCGGCGCGGCCGCCGGAGGAGGCGUCGACGCCAAGGACGCGGCCUCCAUCUCCAAGCCCUGAUCCGGAGGGUGGGAUCCCGACGCGUGGCGCUGACCGUUGACUGCCUCCGGGUCUUUUUCGUAAUUUCGUCUUCGUUUUUUCUCUCCCUUUGACCAGCGGAAGAAAAGGUGGGGCCCGAGGAAAAAGUGGGGGAGACGUGGGCUGGACGGGGUUUUCUUUUCCGUGUGCGGAAGUCUACGAAAAUAAGGUGGUCCUGCAUUUUGGUUGCUUUUGCGACGCCGUAUUUGGGUAGACUUUUGGCCCAAAAAGAAAAGCUAACUUCAUCAGAAAUCGAAAAGCAAAAUACUACAUGGAGGAGAACCAUAUCCCGAGGAAAUUCCCUUUUUUUGGGAUUAGUUUCCUCUUUUUUAUCGUUAUUUUUUUUUUGUAUUGUUUUUUCCUUCUCUUUUCGGUUGUAAUAUCUCUUUACGUUAAUUAAUUAAUCUCACUUUCUAGUAUUCUAUUGAGGCAAUUAUUGGGAGAUAAUUCCGAAAUUA